AUGAGAGUGAGAGAAGAAAGAGAAGAUGAAGAAACUGCAGAACUCUGCAGACUCAACUCAGCAGCAUUUCAAGCAGAGCUCAAGUGUGUCAUGAGAGAGAAACUACAGAUUGAGCUUCUCAGAGCUGCUGUCUCUGAAACCAAGCUCUCUCUGAGGUCCUCUCUGAAUGACCACAUGGGGUUAUAUAUCACUAUGUUGAUUGAGGGGGGCGGCGUCGCAACAGCGGUGAGAGGGGCAGAGAAUGAACUGAACACAGACACAUCAGCUAGCAGAAGAGAUGACACCUCACUGCAGGGCACAGCAACUUCCACCGCAGCUGCAAGAGAAGCAGGAGAAGAUGUGAUGAUGAGAGUGAUGCUCCCGCAGCUCAUUGAUACUGCUGUCUUCAACCUGGCUUUCUUGAUAAUCAUGAAGACUGCCGCUGCAUCACAAAGAUGUUUAUUACUCACUAGAAAACAUCAGAAUAAGCCUUUGAUUAUUCUUCAAGAAUGA